AUGCGGUUCCUCUCACUCUCCCUCCUCAUCCCUAUCGCCUAUCUCUCCAUCCUGAUCGGUAGCAUGGCCACCUUCUCCCAUCUCUACCGCCAAAGACAAGUCAAGAAGAAACUGCGCCUGGCGCCCUACUUCCCUGCUCACACGACCCGCAACAUUUACCUCUCCCUAUUACAUCUGCAGGACGAUGGAAAUACAAAAGUGCCUGAUUCGGUACUACGCGCCGCGCUCCUGGCACGGGCGUGCGACGACAUUCGACGAAUAAUGGAAAUCCGGGUGCGGAAGCCCGCGUUGGCGGCCCUGUUGCAGCGAGGCGUGGUGGGUGACGAAAUAUUCCAGCGACUGCAGCGCGCGGAGCAGGAGCUCGAACUCGAAAUCAAGGACGUGGUCGCCGAAGCAAACGCCCUGAGUGGAUCGGGGGGGCCGAACGGCACGCCGGGCACGUGGGGGCAUCACAUCUUCCAGAGCGCCAACGAGAUGGUGCAGAACCAGAUUUUGAGGGACAAGUUGGACGCCAUCAGGAAGACGCUGCCGGGGGAGAAGGAGCGGUGGGAGAAGCAGAGAGAGAUGGCCAGGCGGGAGUUGAUGGGCGGUGAGGUUGCAGCAGAUGUGGCAGCUGGUGAAAGGCCCGCUGCUACAGCUAAUUCUGCUGCUUCUUCUACUCCUUCUGCUCCUUCUGAGCAGGUCACUGUAGAAAAGGUGACCGCCAAAGCCGCUACGGCAAGCAGCGAUGAAGACGGUGUCAUAGUCGAGACGCCCGCCGCCGAGAUCUCGACCAGCGGACCAGGCGGCGGAGGUGGUGGCGGUAAACACAAGAAGAAGAAAGGGAAGAAAUGA